AUGGAUCAAACACUUGUUCUGAACCUCAACCAGGCAGCCAUCAACGCCAUCAGAGCAACGGGGGCGACAUCCCAGUAUAUUUUCGUGGAAGGAAACUCAUGGAGUGGAGCAUGGACAUGGACGACCGUGAAUGACAACAUGAAGGCAUUGACAGACCCACAAGACCUGAUCAUCUACGAGCUGCAUCAGUACCUUGACUCUGAUGGAUCUGGUACUUCAGAAACUUGUGUCAGCUCAACCAUCGGCCAAGAGCGUGUGGUCGCUGCUACACAAUGGCUCAAGGACAACGGAAAGCGGGCGUUCCUGGGUGAGUUUGCUGGAGGAGCCAAUUCUGUCUGCAAAACCGCUGUGGCUGGAAUGCUUGAUUAUCUGCAGACCAACAGCGAUGUCUGGCUAGGUGCGGCCUGGUGGUCUGCCGGGCCAUGGUGGGGAGACUACAUGUACAGCUUUGAGCCCCCAUCGGGGACAGGCUAUACAUACUACAUGAGCCUUCUCCAGAACUACUUCCCAGGGUCUGGUGACUCCACGACAACAACUGCAGUCACCACUUCCAAGGCUACCGCCACUGCCACUACCAGCACUGCAACGACCAAGACUACCACCACAGGAGCGACUGCCACAGGAGCUGCUCAUUACGCACAGUGUGGCGGGUCUAGCUGGUCGGGUGCUACAACGUGUGCCAGUCCAUAUACCUGCCAGAAGCAAAAUGACUUCUAUUCACAGUGUCUUUAG